AUGUCUGUUCCACCUGAAGUGGCUAACAGACGUGAUGUGAAGCAGAGGAGCUGGAGCAGCGUGGCCUCUCCUGCUCAGCCUGCAGGGCACAUGGUGGAGCAGGUGGAGGUCUUGGCCCAGUCCACAACAAUCGGUCGUUUCUCUGUUGUGAGCACAGAGGACGAGCUGACACAAAGGACGCGCUGCAGUCGCUACUCCGCUCCACCAGACUUCUACCUGGACUCUUUGCCUCAACCAGCCUCCAGCUCUGUUCCAGUGGACAUCACAGUUCAUGCCCGGUUUAUGUCCUCUGACUCUGGGGCAGAGAGCAGCCCUGCAAAACUACCCACCUCCACCCCGUCCCGACACAGUCACUCUGAGCGAAGAGGAAGUGACCUCAUGAAGAGGGCGGUGGCCUUCCUCCGUCGCUCAGGACGUAGCAGUAGUGUUCAGAGCUCGGACUCUCCAGCGCGUCACGGAGAGGCGCACGGUUCUGCAUGUGGCAGCAGCGACAACGAUUCUGAGACGGAGGACUCUGACAUAAAAAAAGAGUUACAGAGGCUCAGAGAGAAACAUCUACGUGAGAUCUCUGAGUUACAAGCCCACCAAAGAGAUGAAGUAGAACUGUUGUAUCGCCGUCUUGGUAAAGCACCACCACCAGGCUUGGGACUUUCCCAUACAGCACCACCUGCAGGUCGUAGAAAGAGAUCCACCAAACACCGGCUCAAGGCGAGCAAACUCCUCAGCCCUUUGGUUCAACAGUUCAGAAAUGUCACAACACGGACCAAUGAAUCCAGCAAGACCACGGCUACAGCUGGAACAGGGGAGACUGUGGUGAGUUUGAAUGGCUCUCCUGCAAAAGGGCCUUUCCCCAGUCAGGGCAGGCCGCGCUCUUGCACCAGCCACCUGCCCAUCUCCACAGCUGAGCCAGUGCAAACACAGCAGCCCUGCUCACUCAAGGGCUCCUUCUCCUCUGACAACAUUUACUCUGGUCCUCACAGAGACAGCAGCACUGUUCCACCAGCACAAGGGACAACAUUGAAGAGAUUAUGUUUGGGCAAAGACCGUGGAACCAGGUCGGGUGCAGGACCUGGGGCAUUCAGUCAGCCUCAUCAGCCCCCAUCAGGCACCACCCCCCCGCCUCAUCAGCCCAUCAUAGGCCUGGCUCAGGCCAACAACAGCAACAACAAGAGGCGCUCCUACAGCGUCACGGAGCAUGUCCUUUGUGACGACUUGCAGCGGCUCAUGGAAGACUGGGCCCAGGAGGUGCUCAUCGUGACCCAUCGGCCUCGAACCAACUCUCUGAGCAUCAGUGGGCAGCAUCUCAGUGAAGAGCAGCAGCAGCAGCAGCAGCACACUAAUGUUUCCAGUGUGUGGCCAGUGGUGGAUCAGAACCCCUACAGUCUUCCUUUAUCUGAAGCUUCGGGAUGUGCCCCGGUGAACCAUGUCCCCCCAGGACAGUGGGCCUGCUUCCCCCUGUCUGUGUCUCCGCUCCAAGCUUUGCCCUCUGAGCUCUCCAUCAGCCAGGGACCAGCGCUUCCCUACCCACAACCUUCAGGAGCAUUCUUUGCCUCUCGCCCUGUCCCAUCUGCUCUGGAUGCCCUCCCCAGCCCAGCUACUCCUCCAUCACAUCAGCCUCCACCUCAUGACCUUAGGACUCAGUGA